AGUGCAUUCAACACAAAGUGUAAGCACGGUCGAGACGAGAAACCAAGAAACCAAGCCACGUAAAGUAAUACCAGCAAACAAACAAACAACAACAGCAACAGCAUGUCGCCGAACACAAAAUCAGUACUACAACAACAAUCACAAUUCUACGCUACCAAAACGGAGCUGUACUUGAAAGUGAAGAAACCACUGUUGGAACGUCAACGUCGCGCCCGCAUCAACAAGUGUCUCGACACAUUAAAGACACUGGUAGCCGAGUUCCAAGGUGAUGAUGCCAUACUGCGUAUGGAUAAAGCCGAAAUGCUGGAGUCGACAAUUGCCUUCAUGCGUCAACAUAGCCGCCGCCGUUCCGCGAUGCCUGCUGUGGCGCCACUUGAGCCGAUGGAUAGCUUCCGCAAUGGUUAUAUGAAUGCCGUCAAUGAAGUAUCGCGUGUUAUGGCCGCUAUGCCGGGCAUGAGCGUCAAUGUGGGCAAAUCGGUGAUGACACAUUUGGGUAGCGAAUUCAAUCGGCUAUUGCAACAACAGCAAGCGCAAACAAUCGUUGUAGAUGUGGAGGAGAAGAUGAGCGAAAAAUUGGCGCGUCCAUCGAGUCGUGCCUCCUCGGGUUAUCACAGUGAUUGUGAACAUGAUAGCCCAAUGCCAUCACCCGCACCUGUAGCCGCCACCGAGUGCGCCACCUGGCGGCCAUGGCUGUAAGCGUUCGCUGAGCCGGAUUCCAAUUAUUCGCUGCGGGGGGCAUCACCAGUGCAACUGAGAGCUUUAAAUCAAGGCAACUUGAGAAACAACGAUUGUGUGUUAAGACUGUGAUCGCAUUUAUUUGCAUUGUUAUUGUAUCUUCCAAUAGAAAC